AUGGAUACCAUACAGCCAGAGUCUCACUCGGUAACCCGUCUCCUGCGCAUUCCCAGAUCUGACCACCCCGAAUCAUUCGUGCUCCUUCAUGUUACCGGUUCAAAAACAUUCUCUUCAAGUCUAGACCUUAUUGCGACGGAAGGGGAGAAUCCUUUUACUGGGACAGUCCGGCGAACCCACUUGGAAAACUUGCGCGCGAAAAACUACCACGGGAGCGAUGAGGAAUGGGCCCAAAUCGUAUGGCAUGUUUUUGGUCAACCGGCAGAGUCUGUCGGCAACCUGGGAUCAUUGCAUAGCAUCGAAUCGUCGGCUACGGUCUGUGGGUCUGACGGCGCACCCAAGGAGUUAGUCAUCAGCAUUCGCAAGAGAAUAGAAGGCAUAACGCAAAGGCUUGGGUCCGUGAUCUUGGCUCAAAACGAUGAGCAAGAAAUCCAACUUCUUGAUUGGUGUGGUACGGCGAUUGCUAGUACGAAUGCCCUUGAACAACGCUGUCGCUCACUCCAGGAUCGUACCUGCGCGGCUGAAAAUAUGAUCAAUCAACUUAACGAUCAACUCCUACAAUUGAUUGGCGCCAAGGAGCAACAUGAAGAACAGCUGUUGGCAAACCUUGUCCGCCUGCUGAACCAAAAAAAGUUGAAGAUUCGCAACCAACAUAGGUUGUUGGAUACCAUCAAACCAGACCCCGAAACGGGUAAGAUUUAA